AUGUCCAACACAUCGGUUCCCACAUUAGCCUAUUUCAAGACCAGGGGUAGAGCUCAACCCAUACGACUGAUGCUGGCGUAUGCGGGCGUCAAAUACAACGAGAAAUACUACGACAGACCGGGCGCUGAAGAUAUGGAGGCGUUUAAAGUGGAUUGGCUUAAGGAAAAAUUCACCAUGGGCUUUGAUUUUCCCAACCUACCAUAUUACAUUGAUGGCUCUAAAAAACUGACCCACACCAAAGCCAUUAUGCGACACUUGGCCCGAAAGCACGGACUGGUGGCCACCGACGAGACCGGACUCGAGCGCCAGGAUAUUCUGGAGGAGCAGAUGAUGGACAUUCAAAUGGAAUUUUUUAUGAGCGUAUUUACCCCGAGCUUUGAAACUGCAAAAAUCAAAUAUAUCGCCGAAACACUACCCAAACAGUUGGACGCGUUGUCCCAGUUUUUGGGUACCCGUCAGUGGUUUACCGGUAAUAGCAUUACUUAUGUAGACUUUCAAGCGUACGAACUGCUCGAUUGGAUGCGUCUCUUCAGCCCCGAAACUGUCAAUAAGUACCACAAUUUGGUUCAAUUGUUGACCCGUUUUGAGAGUUUACCGACGAUUAAGGCAUACAUGAAAUCACCGGAGUUUAUAAGUUGGCCACUCUUUGGACCGACCGCUCCGUGGGGUUUCAAAAAGUAA